CGCCCCCCAGAACAUCUUCCACCAUGACCACCUCGGCGAGUUCCCACUUGAACAAAAGCAUCAAGCAGGUGUACAUGUCCCUGCCUCAGGGUGAUAAAGUCCAAGCUAUGUGUAUCUGGAUUGACGGUACUGGAGAAGGACUGCGAUGCAAGACCCGGACCCUGGACAGUGAGCCCAAGUGUAUAGAAGAGUUGCCGGAGUGGAAUUUUGAUGGCUUGAGUACCUUACAGUCUGACGGCUCCAACAGUGACAUGUAUGUUGCCCCUGCUGCCAUGUUUCGGGACCCUUUCCGCAAUGACCCCAACAAGCUGGUGUUCUGUGAAGUUUUAAAGUACAACUGCAAAGCUGCAGAGACCAAUUUAAGGUAUACCUGUAAACAGAUAAUGGACAUGGUGAGCAGUCAGCAUCCCUGGUUUGGAAUGGAGCAGGAGUAUACUCUCAUGGGCACAGAUGGGCACCCUUUUGGUUGGCCUUCCAAUGGCUUCCCUGGCCCCCGCCCGUACUACUGCGGCGUGGGAGCAGACAGAGCCUACGGCCGGGAUACUGUGGGGGCUCACUACCGGGACUGCUUGUACGCCGGCAUCAAGAUCGCGGGGACCAAUGCCGAAGUCAUGCCUGCCCAGUGGGAAUUCCAGAUAGGACCCUGUGACGGAAUCAACAUGGGAGAUCGUCUCUGGGUGGCCCGUUUCAUCUUGCACCAAGUUUGUGAAGACUUUGGAGUGAUAGCAACCUUUGAUCCCAAGCCUAUCCCCGGGAACUGGAAUGGUGUGGGCUGCCACACCAACUUCAGCACCAAGGCCAUGCGGGAGGAGAACGGUCUGAAGUGCAUUGAGGAGUCCAUCGAGAGGAUGAGCAAGCGGCACCAGUACCACAUCCGAGCCUACGAUCCCAAGGGGGAGGACAAUGCCAGGCGCCUUACUGGAUUCAACGAAACCUCCAACAUCAACGACUUUUCUGCUGGCGUGGCCAACCGGAGUGCUAGCAUCCGCAUUCCCCGGGCUGUCGGCCAGGAGAAGAAGGGUUACUUUGAAGACCGGCGCCCCUCUGCCAACUGUGACCCCUUCGCCGUGACAGAAGCCCUCAUCCGCACGUGUCUUCCCAACGAAACUGGCGAUGAGCCCUUCCAGUACAAGAACUGAGCGGACCAGACUCGCAGCCGUC